AUGGAGACUACUAGCACAGCAAAUGAGCAGACUAGUAGGGGGGCUAUGUGGGAGCUGGAAAGGAAUCUCGAUCAGCCCAUGGAUGCAGAGGCCGGGAGAUUGAGGAAUAUGUACAGGGAAAAGACCUACCCUACACUUGUGCUGUUACAACUAGCUUUCCAAAGCCUCGGUGUGGUGUUUGGAGAUUUAGGCACAUCGCCUUUAUAUGUCUUCUACAACAUUUUCCCUCGUGAAAUAGAAGACACCGAACAAGUUAUUGGAGCACUCUCGCUUAUUAUUUACUCCCUUACCCUGAUUCCACUUGUUAAAUAUGUCUUCAUUGUCUUGAGGGCAAACGAUAAUGGCCAAGGUGGAACAUUUGCUCUUUACUCACUGCUUUGCCGGCAUGCAAAGAUAAACACUAUUCCGAAUCAGCAUAGAACAGAUGAAGAACUAACAACAUACAGCCGCCACACAUAUGAUGAGAAAUCUCUUGCUGCAAAGAUUAAAAGAUGGUUAGAGGGACACCAAAUCAGGAAGAAUGUCAUUCUUAUUCUUGUUCUUUUUGGUACUUGUAUGGCAGUUGGAGAUGGAAUCCUCACUCCUGCAAUAUCAGUUCUUUCUGCAACUGGAGGAAUACAAGUGGAAGAGCCCAGAAUGAGAAAUGAUGUGGUUGUCAUCGUCUCUGUGGUCAUAUUGAUUGGAUUAUUCAGCAUGCAGCACUUUGGUACUGAUAAAGUCAGUUGGCUUUUUGCUCCAAUAGUAUUUAUUUGGUUCAUACUCAUUGGAAUCCUGGGCGCCGUAAACAUUUCCAAAUACGAUCAAUCUGUUCUCAAGGCUUUUAAUCCUAUUUAUGUAUAUCGGUACUUUAAGCGAGGGAAGACUAGCUGGGCUUCUUUAGGAGGAAUUAUGCUUAGCAUUACAGGGACAGAAGCAUUGUUUGCUGAUCUUUCAUAUUUCCCUGUACAAGCUAUUCAGAUUGCUUUCACGGUGGUUGUGUUUCCAUGCCUUCUUUUGCAGUAUACGGGCCAAGCUGCCUAUAUAGCUCAGAACAAAGACCAUGUCUCCUAUGCCUUCUAUCAUUCCCUUCCAGAUUCUGUACUUUGGCCAUCAUUCAUUGUUGCAACAGCUGCUGCAGUAGUUGCUAGUCAGGCAACUAUAUCGAUGACCCAUUCAAUUAUCAAGCAAGCACUUGCUCUAGGGUGCUUCCCCAGAGUGAGAAUUAUCCAUACUUCCAAGAAGUAUCUAGGCCAGAUAUACAGUCCCGAUAUUAAUUGGAUUCUUUUGAUAUUCUGCAUCGCUGUCACUGCUGGAUUUAAAAACCAAAGUCAGAUAGCAAAUGCAUAUGGUACUGCUGUGAUAAUGGUUAUGCUUGUGACAACAUUUCUCAUGAUCCCCAUAAUGUUGCUGGUGUGGCGCAGCCACUGGACCUUGGUCAUUCUUUUCACCGCGCUGUCAUUGCUUGUUGAAAUUCCAUACUUCACUGCUGUGGUGCGGAAGAUCGAUCAGGGUGGCUGGGUCCCGCUUGUGUUUGCUGUCGCCUUCCUCAUCAUCAUGUAUGUAUGGCACUAUGGUACACUCAAGCGGUACGAAUUUGAGAUGCACAGCAAGGUGUCCAUGGCAUGGAUCCUAGGCCUUGGUCCAAGCCUUGGUCUGGUCAGGGUGCCUGGUGUGGGCCUGGUUUACACCGAGCUGGCAAGUGGUGUUCCUCACAUCUUCUCACACUUCAUCACCAAUCUCCCUGCCAUCCACUCCACUCUGGUCUUCGUCUGUGUGAAAUACCUUCCUGUCUACACCGUGCCAACAGAUGAAAGGUUCCUUGUGAAGCGAAUUGGUCCCAAGAACUUCCACAUGUUUCGAUGCGUGGCAAGGUAUGGCUACAAGGACAUCCACAAGAAGGAUGACGACUUCGAGCAGAUGCUCUUCAACAGCCUGAUGCUCUUUGUCAGGCUGGAGAGUAUGAUGGAAGAGUACACAGAUUCUGAUGAGUACAGCACCCUUGAGCUGAACCAGCAGGCAGGCAACACCAACCAAAGAAUCAAUGGCAUCAGCACCGGUUCAAACAUGGAUCUCAGCUAUACAUCCCACGACUCCAUUAUACAGGUGCAGUCCCCAAAUCAUAUGGGGAACAGCCAGGUCGUGUCGUCAGGUCAGAUGUACCAGACCGUGGGCGAUGAGAUUGGGUUCCUGAAUGCAUGCAGGGACGCUGGGGUGGUGCACAUCCUCGGGAACACGAUCAUCAGGGCCCGCAGGGAUUCAGGGUUCAUCAAGAAGAUUGCUAUCAACUACAUGUAUGCUUUCCUUAGGAAGAUCUGCAGGGAGAACAGUGCUAUCUUCAAUGUUCCCCAUGAGAGCCUACUGAAUGUUGGGCAAGUGUUCUAUGUGUAA